AUGAAUUUCUUAAACAAAAUAUUUGCAAGUUCACUUAAUAGAGGCUCUUUUUAAAUUGAGGAUGUUUCUGGUUCUGAUGAAGAUCAAGAUGAAAUUCCAGAACAUCAAGUGAUUCCAUAAUUUAAGAAAUAAAGUAUACAACAAUUAUCAAGUUACAAUUCUCGAAAAAAGCCAUAAUCUAAAAUGGGUUAGGCUGAUUUCUUGGCUAAAUAUGAUGAAAAUUUUGAUGAUGUAUUUGGAGAUAAACCACCACCUAUAGAUUUCCCUAAAGGUAGAAAAAGGAGAUAAGAAGAUGACGAAGAGGAUGAAAAUGAUAAUGAUAAUGAAAGAAAAUCAUAAAAGAAAAAAACUUAAAGUAAGGAAAGGAAAUAAUAAUCAAAGGAAUAAAAAGAUUAAUCAAAAGAAUAAAAAGAUAAUAAAAAAAUAACAAAAGAAUUUAAAGAGACUAUUGAUUAUAAGGAAUUUAAUAAAGAGUAUAAAGAAUCUAUUGAACCAAAAAUAUUAAAAGAACCAAAAAUAAGAUUACCAAAAUUUCCAAAAUAAAGAAAAAGGAUUGCUAAUAAUCAUCUUUCAACAUUAAGAUCAAAUUCUGAUGGUAGAGAUAGUGUCAGUAAUAAGGAUAGAGAAUCUAUAUAGCUAAAUAACAAAUAUAAUCCUAAUGAUAUUGCAUUACCUUAAACAGCUAUACCAAAAUCUGAAAAGAAAUAAGAUAAAUAAAAAACGAUGUUUUUUACAUUUGGAAUGAAUGAUAAUGAUGAUAGUGAUAGUGAAAAAGAUAUAAAAAAUAAAAUAAAUGAUUUAUUUGAUGAUCAAAAAUAAAAGAUUGAUCAAAAUGAAUAAUAAUCUAAUAAUAAUAUUAAUAAUCAUUUAAAAGAACAAGAAAAAAAGAAAUAGAAAAAUGAUGAAAAGAAAGAUAGAAAUGAAAAGAAAUAAAGAAAAGAGAAAAAAGAUAAUGACAAAAAAACAAUCAAUCAUUUAGAUAUAUUUGAUGAAAUUAAGGAUAUAUAAAAAAAUUUAAAUAGUAAAUAAAAUAGUGAAUAAAGAGAAACAAGAAAAUUGAAUAGUGAAUAAAGAGAGAAAAAAAGAGAUAAGAAAAGAGAAUCAAAAUAAAAUAGAGAUAAGAAUUAAAAAUAAACCUCGAAAUCUCCAUCUCCUUAGUUGAAACUUAUAUAAUAUGAAACGUAAAAGAAAGUUAAAAGAAGCCAAAAAAGAGUUGUUUAGGAUUUGGAAAUGUUAAAUGUAGAUGAAUUAUCAUUAAAUCCAAAUAUUGUAGAAUGCAAAGCCAAUUUAUAUUUAGAUUACAUUCCUGUAUAUGAUUGA